CUGUAUCUCCUGCCACACUGUCUUAAGAUCAAGGAGGCUCUACUACUGCCAUCAUCAAAGAUAAAUUAAACAAACCACCAAAUUCAAAAGAGUUCGAAAACAAGUGAAUCCUCUAGUUUCUUAUUAGAUCAAGCGAUUAUUCAGUGUUGUAUUCACAGAUCCUCUACUCUCUCUUCUUUCUUGUCAAGAUUCUUCUCUUAUCCAUUGUGUUUUUAGAAAAAAAAAAAUAAUUAUUUUUAUAUUAUACUUAUAUAUAAAAAAAACUUUUUUAGUUUGGAGAGAGCUUGCCUUGUGUCGCCUUCUUCUCUCUCUAGGAGUUGUGCUUAAUUUACGGACAUGUGAAGAUACUUGCUUUUGCCUCAUCAAGGGCAUGUUAGCCAUUACUUAUCUCUUCUCUUCUUUGCCUUUGUAACUUGUGAGCUCUAAAUCUUCAGAGAUACAAAUCAAGAAAGAGAGAGAUAAAGAAAAAGACAAGUCUUUUGUUUUUCAGAUAGAGAGAUCGGGAAAAAUGUGGUUGCUUUCUGCUUUGAUGCAAGCAAUGAAGUAAUCUGGUGUUUGUGUAAAUGCUUGCUAUGGAUUCUUUGAAGGGAUACAGAUUAGAACCCAAAUGGGAAAUUGAUCCUCAACUUCUGUUUGUUGGGCCAAAGAUUGGAGAAGGAGCUCAUGCCAAAGUCUAUGAGGGAAAAUACAAGAACCAGACAGUUGCUAUAAAGAUAAUCCACAGAGGAGAAACGCCAGAAGAGAUUGCAAAGAGGGAUUCAAGAUUCCUAAGAGAAGUAGAAAUGCUCUCACGAGUUCAGCACAAGAAUUUGGUCAAGUUCAUUGGUGCUUGCAAAGAGCCUGUAAUGGUGAUAGUCACUGAACUUCUUCAAGGCGGUACACUGCGUAAAUAUCUGUUAAACUUGAGACCCGCAUGUUUGGAGACCCGUGUUGCUAUUGGUUUUGCGCUUGACAUUGCUCGUGGCAUGGAAUGCUUGCAUUCCCACGGGAUCAUUCACCGUGAUCUCAAACCCGAAAAUUUGCUUUUAACUGCAGACCACAAAACAGUAAAACUAGCAGACUUUGGAUUAGCAAGAGAAGAGUCACUGACUGAGAUGAUGACGGCUGAGACAGGAACAUACCGAUGGAUGGCACCUGAGUUGUACAGCACGGUUACUCUUCGAUUAGGAGAGAAGAAGCAUUACAAUCAUAAAGUCGAUGCAUAUAGCUUUGCAAUCGUUCUUUGGGAGCUUUUACACAAUAAAUUGCCUUUUGAGGGAAUGUCAAAUCUCCAAGCAGCAUAUGCAGCCGCCUUUAAAAAUGUGAGACCAAGCGCUGAGAGCUUACCUGAGGAUUUGGGUGACAUUGUAACAUCAUGCUGGAAUGAGGAUCCAAACGCUCGGCCAAACUUCACUCAGAUCAUUCACUUACUACUUAGCUAUCUCUCCAAGGUUGCAUCUCCGGUAUCCGCGAUUCCACAACGGAUUCUUUCUUCUAAGAACACAUUGUUGCCACCGGAUUCUCCUGGAACUAGCUCUUUGAUGGCUACUAAGCUUGAUGACUGUGGGGAAACUCCAAAGGCCAAAAAUGAAGACAAACGAAAAGGUUUGUUUUUCUGCUUUAAUCAAUGUUAUUAACCAUUGAUCAGAGAGAGAGAAAAACAGUUUUUGGUUUGCUCUGGAUUAGGACCAGAGAUUUGGUAGACAUCAUUUAAAUUAAUGAUGUAAUAACAUCCUCCCUGCCUCAUAUAAACUCCAUAUGAAUGUUUUUAAAAAAUGUUCGUCUAUAUAAAUAAAUAGUUAUAUAA